UCGCGAGAGCCCGGCACUUGGGGGCAGGAUGGUGCGCUGGGAGGAAAAUCCGCCUGCAAGCGGGCGGGCAGCUCGCUGAGAGGGGGUGGUGUUGCAGUUGCAGGCGGGGACAUCUGACAGCGAUUUGAAAUCACCCGUUCUCGGUGAUUCCGAGUUUAAAGCUGCAAAGCUUGGCCACUUAAUAUAUGACUGGAAAGAACAGACUGUGUUCCACUGCGGUGAGGAGAUGGAACAGGACAUGGUGACAGAGAAUGCAACAAGUAAAGCUAAAAGAAAUGGAGACUGAAUUCAGAUAACUGAUCCAAAUGGUCUGAAUAUACCUGCUUUUGAAAAUGAAGUUUCUUUUGAACUGCGCUUCAGCGUAAUCGAAGGUUUUCAGAACAAUCCUCUCUCCUUUCUGAGGAGGAAAGAUGUUGGCCAUAGACAAAGGGGUGGUGCAGGAGUGGCUUUCAGAGUUUAAGACACUGCCUGAGACCUCUAUAUCCAGCUAUGCUUCAAGUUUAAAAGGCAAGAGUAUCCUGGUUUCAGAAUUAUACACAGUCAUCUGUGAGCCACAUUGUGAGUUGUUGGAGCCAGUUUGCCACCAAUUGUUCGAAUUUUAUCGCAGUGCUGAGGUUGAACUGAAAAGAUUCACAUUACAGUAUCUUCCUGAACUUGUAUGGAGCUACCUUUCAGUGAUAACAAGGGAUAUGCACAGUAGUGGCUGCAUUGAGGCACUCCUCUUGGGCAUCUACAAUUUGGAAAUUGCAGAUAAGGAUGGGUGUAGCAAAGUGCAGACUUUUACAAUCCCAUCUCUUUCAAAACCUUCUGUGUAUCAUGAGCCUUCUAGUUUUGGUUCUAUGGCACUUACAGAAGGCGCUUUAUCUCGACAUGGCUUGACAAAAGUUGUACAUAGUGGACCUUAUUGUCAAAGGGAAACAUUUACAGCUCAAAACAGGUUUGAAGUAUUGACAUUCCUAUUUCUCUGUUACAACGCAUCUAUAAUCUACAUGCCUUCUCAGUCGCUGCGCUCUCUUUGCCAUACAUGCUCCAGGAUCUGCAUUAGUGGAUUUCCCAGGAGAUUGCAGAAGGAAUACACUGAUGUUGAUAGCAGGAUACCUGUCUCUGCUGAAUUUAUGGUGCACAUGUUAACAGCUAUUUAUUAUGCUAUGUAUAAUGGAGAAUGGGACUUGGCUUGCAAAGCACUGGAUGAUCUAUUGUAUCGAGCACAGUUGGAGAUGUUUGCAGAACCCUUACUAGUUGGCAAUGCAAUCAAAAAUAUGUUACCUUUUGGUGCCCUGAAAUCUUCGAAAGAAACUCCACGAUCGAUUGAGGUAGAGAUAACGCCAACGUCAUCCAGAAUAUCAAGGAAUGCAGUCACCAGUUUAUCAAUUCGAGGACAUCGAUGGAAGAGGAAUGAACUAACUGAUUUACAAGCCCAGGAGGAUCUUAUGGACAUCUCUGAAGUAGAUGAAGGAUUUUGUUCCAAGGCUUCUAACGCAAGCAAUAAGACAUCUGCUGGGAAGAGUCAAUUAAAAUCAUCAAGCAGCAAACCUUAUAAAGAUAAAGAAAUGGUGGAUGAAACUUAUCGGGAACAUUCUGCUCGUAAGCAAUCUCGAAGAGCUGUUAGUGAGAAUCUAGAACUCUUGGCCAUGAAAAGACUGACUCUGACUAGUAGUCAAUCUCUGCCUAAGCCAGGAAGCCACAAUCAUCUGGCUAGCACUGCUACAACCCAUUUCAGUAAAUCCUUUGAGCAUGUUAGUGGUGUUUUUAUUGGAAGUAGUCCAGCUGGUGUCACAGGUAGGAAUUUAGAAGAAUCCAAUCGAUUCUCUGCUUGUAGCCUUCAGGAUGACAGACUUGCACUUGUGCCUGAUUGAGACUUUCAAGCUUCCAUCUCACAACACCAGAAGCAUCACUACUGACCUGGUUUUAUGAUUUUGGAGGUGCCAUUGUUGAUCUGGGGUGUACAAAGUUUAAAAAUCUCACAACACCAGGUUAUAGUCCAACAGGUUUAUUUGGAAGCACUAGCUUUUGGAGUGCUGUUCCUUCAUCAGGUGCUUGACAACCACCUGUUGGACUAUAACCUGGUGGUGUGAUUUUUAACUUUGUACACCUGGUUUUAAUGUUCAUCUCUCAACUGAUAUGUAACUUUGCAAAAUGGACAUUAAAGAAAAGCUUCUAUUUUUUGGUAUAAUUUGAUUUGUCAAAUGCGGAACUGUAUUUUUACACAGUAUAAAUUGUGAGUUGACUCUUUUAUCAAUGUGCAUGCAAAAACUAAAGUGUUAAACUUCAAUGAUAGGAAUGGUGCAUUAUUUUUGAAUCCUUUCUCCCAAUGUGCAUUCUCAUUUAUUUUGAUCUAAACUCCAUCUUUUAAGAAAUUAAUUAUUUUAUAAUGAUGAAUAACCUAUAAUAUUCCCAUUUGGAGGAACUUAUUUUUAUUUUGGCCUGUCCUGCUUAUGGUGACUGAAAGCUUGUUAUUUUGUUAGGUAUUUCUGCCAUAUUUGAUGAAGUUGUAUUUUUAAGGAGAGGUUUGUUAUAGUGUAAGCAGUUUUGAAUUUAAAGUAAUUUAGUACAUAUAGAGUAUGGAUAUUAACCUAGUUUAACUGGAGUAUGUAGCUCUCUACAUAUUUAUGUCUGAGUUGUGUGUGUGUAUAUAUGCAUACAAUCCAUAUCUCUCCCUUUUUCAAAGGCAUUUUUAUAAACUAAUUCUACUUUUCAACAGUAAACACAUUUUUAAUUUUAAUCACUUCAUUAACUUUGCAUUACCUAAGUUAUCCACAGAACUUUGGUAAACCAGAAACUGAAAAUGCUCACUUGUGAUACCAAGAGGAAACUUGAGAGGGUUGUGCAAUAUCAUUCACCUUUGUGGAUCAUAUUGCCACUGCAGCACUUUUUUGAGCAGAAAUCUUCUGUUGAGCAGCUUGUAAAGUCUUAACAUCUUUUAAGCUGUCAAUUAUUGUGAAGCCUAAUCUAAAUUUUAGUUAUGACUGCCUAGUUUAAAAUACAUUGAAAAAUAAACUUAGUUGAGUUAAAAUGUCUUGUUACAAAGUGAUCAUUUCAGUUUUGUACACUUUUUUUUAUUAUUUCUCAAUUCCUUGUUCAUGUUUUGUCAGAUAACAACUUGCAUUUACUGAGUAAAGAAAGUCAUUGUUAAAGUGGUUUUUAAAGUUUGUGUUUUCCUGAAGCAUUAAAUUGUGCUCGCUUGUAUCGUUUUCUGCAGCUACAUUGCGCAUUUUGUUCAAAAAAUUAAAUCUGUUACUUAAUUGUAUUUCAACUUCUACAUAUGCAUUUCUUUUUUGCUGGGUCACCUAGAACUAAGUAAAAACAGGAAUUUGGCUAUUUACCUUCCCGUUGCUUGGUUAGGGCAAUUUUUUAGUGCCUUAUUUAAAAUUCAGACAAGUGUCAUACUUCAGACUUACUUGGUCUGUAUGACUUUGUCCCAAAAGUAAUUCUUAAACUGAAUCAUGUCAUGCCCACAUGAUGAUGCUUUUUAAUGUGGAAUAGCAUGAACACUUAAUUCAGACUUUCUUUUAUCAUCUGUAUUGGAGAAAUAAAUAGAAUUAAGAAAUCUAAUUGGUUUUAUUAUUAUUUUAUUAGCUGAUGCCCUAUAUCUUAUACAAAUGCCUUCAUUCAAAGAGCUUGACUAUUUCUGCAGUGUUCCAUGUUUGUUUUUUUCGGAGAAGUUAUAAAAUAGCACUUUAUUUUAGAUUUAUUCCUUUAGCAUUUGCAAUUGAAGCCAUUUGGAAAGACCAUGAACAUUCUACAAAUGAGGUCUGGAUUAAAGGGUGAAUUGAUUCAAGUAUACAAUUAUGCUGUUAAAUAGCAUUGUAAAAUAUGAUGCCGUCUUGACUAUUUUAGACAUGCAUUGUUAACCAGUCAUUUUCUUUGUAUUAGUCUUUGUGUCUGUCAAAGGGAUAGAUAAUAGGUACAGCUGUUUUGGCUACCCUUCUAGAUUUUGUAUAUUUGUCUUGAUUAGAAAUGUUUACUUUUAUACUAAUGCUGACUUUAAAAAUUCAGUAAUGUAUUGUAACUGUUUUAUUUGUACUGUCUACAAUUAAUCAGAAACUGGUGUCUUACAAUUACUUGUUUAUCUUUAAUAAAAUUGAGAAGUAUUGACA